AUGGUCCAACCAACGGAACCCAGUUCUGAAAACCUUACAGAGCGGCAGAAGAUGCUCCGGGGAGAGCUGUACACAGCAUUCACAGCCGAUCUGAUAGCAGAGCGGGAGAGAAGCAAAGCUGCCUGUGAUAGAUUCAAUAACGCGGGCGAAGUGACUCGUAGACGCCGUGUGGAGUUAUGGAGGGAUAUAGUGUGUGAUAAACGUCCUAUGCCACCACAAGCUGCCACCCAAGAAGAAGAUGAUGCCCUCUUUGAGGAUGAUCCUUGGGUAGAAGCCCCUAUACGAACUGAUUAUGGCUGCAACUUUAAGGUCGGAGAGGGUGCAUUUAUCAAUUUUAACUGUAUUGCACUGGAUACCUGUCUGAUCACCAUUGGUGCCAGGACAUUGUUUGGGCCUAAUGUGAAUUUAUAUGCCGGUAGUCACCCAUUAGAUCCUGCUGUUAGACGAGGGACGAAGGGACCAGAGUUCGGUAAAGAGAUUCAUAUCGGCGAGGAUUGCUGGAUAGGUGGAAACGUCACUGUUCUGCCAGGUGUGACCAUUGGCGAUGGUGCUACUGUCGGCGCUGGAAGCGUGGUGACCAAGGAUAUCCCGGCCUUUCAUGUCGCAGCAGGAAAUCCAGCCAGAGUUAUCCGCCGAAUAGAGACUGACAUGGAUCCGUCACAAAAAAAAGAAUAA